UGAAAAAUAGAAAAAUAAACGAAUCAAAAAAAAACAAAAAUGAUAACGUGACGAAAUAUGCUUCCCAUCGGAUAUUUCCACAGAGCGCGGACUAAAAUCGAUUCGAGUAUGUGUUAUUUUGACAAGAGCAUACCUGGAAGAAGAUUGAAAGCCGUACAAAGAGUACAUUACUUCAAUACGCACGUUUUCAUCUACAUUUUCUGUUUGUACUUGCAAGCUGUUAAUUCAGACACGACAAAUAUGAAUCGACACAACGAUAGGAAUAUUAACAAUAAUUUUAGUUUUAAUUCACAACAAAGUAACCCUGAAACUGAAGAAUAUGAUGAUCACGAGGAUGUCAGAAUAGGUGACAAUAUUUUUAAAAAGUUUGAUUUCGAAAAAAAUCCCUAUUACGAUGGCGAAGAGUUCGUAUCAAAAAAGUUUUACAAUUCGGAAAAUAACGCUUACAGUAACUACGGAGAUUACAAGCGGUAUUAUUUGAAUCCUGCGAAUCCAGUUCCGAGAUCAAAAGUUAAAUUUAAGAUUAGCAGUAAGAUAGUUCAAACUAAAUAUGGAAAAUUACAGGGCAUAAUAUUGGCAAUGGAUGAACAUAGGUAUUUAAGUCCCCUCGAAGUAUUUCUUGGUGUACCGUACGCUACGCCGCCUGUUGGAUCUAAUAGAUUCAGUCCAACAAGAACGCCGUCACCCUGGGAUGGCGUGAGAGUGUCGGACCGGCCGGGUCCAGCUUGCCCUCAAAAACUGCCUGACCUCGACCACGAGAGGACCAUUUUAGAGAAAAUGCCUAAAGGCAGAUUAGAUUAUAUUAAAAGACUGAUGCCAUACCUUAAGAAUCAAAGUGAAGAUUGUCUUUAUUUAAACGUAUUUGCUCCUUUACAAAUGGAUGAGUCUAAGUUGUCUCUUCCAGUACUAGUUUACAUACAUGGUGAGAGCUACUCCUGGAGUUCAGGGAAUCCAUACGACGGAGCAAUUCUAGCAAGCUACACUGAUCUUAUUGUAGUCACAUUGAACUUCAGACUUGGUGUUUUAGGAUUUCUUAAUGCAAAUCCAGCGCCACAUUUAAAAGCCAGAGUUGCAAAUUACGGACUCAUGGAUCAAAUAGCUGCACUACACUGGGUUCAACAAAACAUCGCCCUUUUUGGAGGCGACCCGACAAAUAUAACAUUAAUGGGACACGGAUCCGGUGCAGCUUGUAUCAAUUUUCUAAUGAUAUCACCUACAGUCAUGCCAGGACUUUUCCAUAGAGUUAUUCUUAUGUCAGGAUCUGCUUUAAGUUCUUGGGCUAUUGUGGAUGAUCCAGUAUAUUAUUCAUUAAAAUUAGCUAAACAUAUGAACUGCACAAUACCAGAAGACAUGACUAAGGAUCACGAAGUAAUAGUAGAUUGCUUGAGAGAAGCAUCUAUUGAGGAAUUGUUAUCAAUAGACAUAUCGCCCCCAAAUUUCUUAACAGCUUUUGGACCCUCCGUAGAUGGUGUAGUCAUAAAAACAGAUUUCGGCAAAGACUUUUUAACAAUGUAUUCAACUGGAGACUUUCCCAGUUUCGGGCCACUGAAUAAUAUGAAUCAAAACAAUAUUCACAUAAAGAGAAGCGACAACGGCAGGAGGUUGUUUCAGAACAAAUACGACUUGUUAUUCGGUGUUGUUACAUGUGAAGCAUUGUGGAAGUUUUCGGCACACGACGUACAGAAUGGGAUCGAGCCGGAUAAAAGAGAUAGGAUGUUACGGACCUACGUAAGAAAUGCUUAUACGUAUCACUUGAGUGAGAUUUUCUAUACAAUAGUGAAUGAAUAUACAGAUUGGGAAAGAACGAAUCCGAUAAGCACGAGAGAUGCUACAGUGUCGGCGCUAUCUGACGCGCAGUACGUGGCGCCGUUGAUUCAAAGCGGCGAUCUACUGAGCGGCGGACCCAAGCCGGCGCCCAAUGACGAAGAAGGGCCGAGGAGACCGACGAGAACUUACUUCUACGUGUUCGAUUAUCAGACAAAAGAUGGAUUUUAUCCUCAAAGAACCGGAGCAGUCCAUGGAGAGGAGCUUCCGUAUGUUUUCGGUGCGCCAUUGGUCGAUGGUUUCGGACACUUUCCGCAAAAUUAUACCAAAUCAGAAGUAGCCCUUUCAGAGUCUAUAUUAUUUGCCAUAGCUAAUUUCGCGAAAACUGGUAACCCGAAUGAUUUAGGCCGACAGGAAGUAUUACUCCCCGCGUCGAGAGAGAGGAAUAAAUUUCGCGGCAUAAGCUGGGAAGAGUACGACUCAACGCAUCAGAAAUAUUUAGAAAUAGGUGUGAAACCUCGUCUCAAGAAUCACUUUCGGGCCCAUCAGUUAUCCGUGUGGUUACGACUUGUUCCUGAACUCCACCGAGCCGGAAUGGAAGACGUCGCUGCCCGACACAACUUAUUCCGCAAUCACAAUGAACAAGAUCUUUAUGAAGGGAUUGUCAGACCUGAUCCGCUUUCCCGUAAUGUCGAUGCAGAAAUCAGACGUACCAAUGGAUCAUUGUAUAGUGACACAGCAUUAACCACAGUCGAUACCAUACUAGCUACAUGUGUUACGAUAUUACCAAAUGCGAGAGAUAUGCACGCUUUGAAUACAACUGAUAGUACUCUAGCUAAUCUUGAAGCAGCUGGUUAUGCUGCUUAUUCCACAGCUCUCAGUGUUACCAUUGCCAUUGGAUGCUCACUACUAAUCCUAAACGUUCUGAUAUUCGCCGGAGUUUACUACCAACGUGACAAAAGCAGAUCAAGAUGCAAGCAACCAAGGUUCAACGAAAAGCAUUUCGAAACCAUAUCAGGAAAACACUCCCACUAUCACAUAGAUCCAACACUUGCACCCAGUUUGGUGGUAGAUGUAGAAAGACAAAACAGAAAGAAGAUACUGACGGAACCCAAUUUAGUGAAUUUGAAUUUUAAGGGACCGUUAGAUAGUAGAAAAUCUCCGAGCCCAACUUUGAGCUUGGAUAACAUGAUGUUGCCAAGUAAAUUAGGUAGUAGAAGUAAUAGUUUUAGACUCCCAAAUGUAAAUUAUCAACAAAUGGGAGGAUAUUCAACUAUGCCUAAGAAUAUGAACCAAUACUGCAAUUCACCUCAAAUACAGGAGUUAAGACAUCAACAUCAACACCAACAUCAGCAAUAUCCACUGAACGGUUCAGCGUCGUCACCUGGGAGAGAAGACCGAGUUGCUCAUGCGACUCUUCGAAGAGGGAAAGCCCCGCAUUCUUCAAAUCUCCCACAAGCUGCCAUUGAUGAAAUGAGAGUGUGACAGAACUUGUAACUGUUCUACGUUAGUUUCUAUUCGACUAUUGUAGUUCAGUUUUCGAUUUGUAAAUAAAUGUUUGGGAUUGUUUUUUAGA